AUGGCACACCGCCUGUCUGGAAUCGAUGCGCCCACUGUAGGAGCACAUGACGCCUGCCGAUUCCCUCCUUCAGCAUUGUUACGAAUCCACCGCGCACUCUCUUCUAUGUGCACCUCGUCCGCAGUGUACUCUUGUCGACCUUCACAAGCGUUCGCCUCGUCCUCUUCCACAAGCGUCGCCGACCACUCCGCAUGCUCGCCUCUCACAAAUGCUGCGGCGCACCGUACCAACGGAUUACGUCGUUCUGCUCUCUCCUCUACGACUUUCCCCCGCGGACUCAGUCACACUCCCAACCUCUCGCUUGCCUUUACCACCAGGCUCUCCGCAAGUAUUCCCUACCUACGGCGUAUCCGAUCAAUCAGUCAUAUCCUCUAUCCGUCAUAG